AAAAAAGUUGAGCCUCGGAACAGUGUGUUUUAAACAGAGGGAGAGAGAGAGAGAGUGACUCUGCAUUUAAGACUUUGACCAGCGUGUGUAAGAAGUGUUCUCAUGGCUGGAAUAAUCUAACAAAUUUUUACCUGGGUAGCACUUGGCAAAGCUUCCCUUUUUUCUUGCACAGUUGAAAGGAAUCCAGUACUGUUCUGUGCUUCGAUCAACUUGACUCCAGUGCUUUUGCACAGCCUGCAUGGUUUGGUAGUGCACGGACGUGCCAGGCUUAUGUGGCCUCUAUGGCCCUUUUUUGCUCAACUGUCAGAGAGAGGGAGGGAGGCUUCCCCCAGCACCAAAAUAUCAUUCUGUGUGCUCUCUGCAGCACAGUAGCUAAGAACAAGUUUCCAGAUUACUGCCUGGGCUUUUUGGAGUUAUUUGCUGGAAGAAGUCUUUUUUCCUCCUUUAAAUGGAUGAUUGUGUUUCAAUCAAGAAAAAGCAUCUCCAAAGACCAAUCUUUAGACUAAGAUGCUUGGUAAAGCAGCUGGAGAAGGGUGACAUUAAUGUGGUGGAUUUAAAAAAGAAUAUUGAAUAUGCAGCGUCUGUGCUAGAGGCAGUUUAUAUUGAUGAAACCAGAAGGCUUUUGGACACUGAGGAUGAACUCUCUGACAUCCAGUCGGAUUCAGUCCCACUGGAAGUGCGGGACUGGUUAGCUUCUACAUUCACAAGGAAAAUGGGAAUGGUGAAGAGGAGACCUGAGGAAAAACCCAAAUUCCGAAGCAUUGUACAUGCUGUACAGGCGGGAAUUUUUGUAGAAAGGAUGUACCGAAGAACUUCUAACAUGGUUGGUUUGGCUUACCCAGCAGAAGUGAUAGUAACAUUUAAGGAUGUUGAUAAAUGGUCUUUUGAUGUAUUUGCCCUAAAUGAAGCAAGUGGAGAGCACAGUCUGAAAUUUAUGAUGUAUGAGCUGUUUACCCGAUACGACCUUUUGAGCCGUUUCAAGAUCCCUGUUCCCAAUCUUAUUUCAUUUGCCGAAGCUCUUGAGGUUGGUUACAGCAAAUACAAAAAUCCAUACCACAAUUUGAUCCAUGCAGCUGAUGUUACUCAAACUGUGCAUUACAUCCUGAUUCACACUGGUAUCAUGCACUGGCUCACAGAACUGGAAAUUUUGGCAAUGAUCUUUGCAGCUGCAGUCCAUGAUUAUGAACAUACUGGGACCACAAACAAUUUUCAUAUUCAGACAAGGUCAGAUGUUGCAAUAUUGUACAAUGAUCGUUCUGUUCUUGAAAAUCAUCAUGUGAGUGCUGCUUAUAGACUCAUGCAAGAAGAAGAGAUGAACAUCCUGGCAAAUUUAACCAAAGAUGACUGGAGGGAGUUGCGUAGCUUGGUCAUUGAGAUGGUUUUGUCUACAGAUAUGUCGGGUCAUUUUCAGCAAAUUAAAACGAUGCGACAUACUCUACAGCAGACAGAGGGGAUAGACAAAGCCAAAGCCAUGUCUUUGAUUCUACAUGCAGCAGAUAUAAGCCAUCCAGCAAAAUCCUGGAAACUGCACUACCGGUGGACCAUGGCCCUGAUGGAAGAAUUUUUUCGACAGGGAGACAAGGAGGCUGCUUUAGGGCUUCCAUUUUCCCCACUCUGUGACCGCAAGUCUACUUUGGUAGCUCAGUCCCAAAUAGGUUUCAUUGAUUUCAUAGUGGAACCAACAUUUUCUCUUCUUACGGAUUCAAUGGAGAAAAUUGUUAUUCCUCUUAUAGGGGAAGCUUCAAAAUCUGAAAGUCCUGCGUUUGGGACACCCAGCCAGAAUAGUUUGGGAGCAGUAAGCAAUGCUGAAGCACAAAGACGACCUGGUUUUAAAAGUACAAGUGAUGGAGGGACUUACACAGAAAAUUCUCUAGCAACUGUAGACCUAACAAGCUUUAAGGACAACUUGAUGCAGAUCAUUCAAGCAAACAAAGAAAGAUGGAAGGAAUUAGCAAUACAAGAAGAACUUGUGAAAAAUGACGAUGAACAGCAAAAAGACCAAAGCAGAAAAUCCACAGAUGCACAAUUACAGGAAGAGACAACAAGGACACAAAACGAGAAUAGUCAGGGGAGUGAUGAUACAACCUGCCCUCCCAGAUCCAUCGUCCUACAAGUAAUCUCUUUUGACACUCCUCUUCAUGAAUCCGACCCAGAAAAAUGCACUAACUCCGAUCUGGACCAGAAGGAUCUCACUGAGGCCCAGCAAGAAACGCAGAAUACAGACCCACUGAAUGGUAAUGGUUCAUCACAAAGCACCAGUCAAUCUAAUGAAGCUGUCCAGGGAGAAGCUGCAGGAGUGUCCAACACCUCUCUGUCAAACAUCAGCAGUGGUGAGCCUAAACAUUGUAAGAAAUCAGAAGAUAUAGUAAAAGCCACUGAGCAAAAACCUGCACCGAUACGCAACUAGAUUUGCUGUUUUUUAAAGGCUUCUGACAUUUCAGGCAGGAGAGGAGAAAAAGAAGAGCACUAACAGUUCCUGCCCCUGCUCUCUCUAAGGCCGUUAUCCACCAAUUUCUUCUUGGAUCAUACUGUUCUAUGGAGAGUGAUUGGACAAAACUAUUGAAAUUAGAAAACAUAAAAACCUGAGCUGGUAGCUCAAGGCACUAAACAACUCUCAAAAUUUCAGUUGUAGGUGUUGCCAUUUCUGCUUCUAUUCUGCUUUCUGAGACUAGCCAGAAUACUUUUUUUCAGCCAAAGUUGGACCUCAUUUUACAGCAUCACUGAAACCAGACAUUUUCAACUAAGCAUGAGACAUGUAAAAAUAUGUGGCAUUUAUCUGCACUGGAUUGCUAUUACGUGGCACUGCUACUGGCAGUAGGGAAAUGCAAAGUCAAAAUGAAACACACUUGUAGACACUUGCUCAUGCAGCCAUGCUGCAUGCAACAUCGAAGUUCUACUGGUUAGCUUCCUUAAAAUCUCUGGAAAUAAAAAAUAUAUGUAAACUGUACAGGGAAGUUAGUACAGAUCAGUAGAAUUAUACUGAUCAGCGUGCAUGAAUGAUGACUCUAUCCCACCAUUGCUCUGGCUGCCAUAUGGAGAGCUCGUGUUCAACAAAAUCGGUAUCUGAAAUAUCUCUUUUAGAUUAAUUAAGUAGCACUCACUUUUAAGAUCAAAACAUUCUCAAUACUUUUUCCCGUAGUGUUUAGUAAGACCUCAGCAAUGGUGUCAGCCCUACCAUGAAGCUGGCCCAUAGACAGCUACAUAAAUACAUGAUAAAUUGCUUCACUUCACCAAAACAUUGCAUUGCCUCUCAGACAGAAUUGGAAGGAGACACUGAGGUCUUAUGCCAUGGUUUUGAUCAAAUGGCAAGCUGAAAACCUGGACCCAGCAAAAUCCUAUCUAUCAUUUGCUUUGUUUAAAAACAAACAAACAAGCAAGCAACAAACAAACAAAAAACACCACUGAGCAAAUCUUUCUCCGAGAGGCGAGAGGACAGCACAUGGAGGCAGCUUCCUCUGUAGGAAGUCCUAGAACGAGCCCUCCAGCCUGAACUGUGCCCAGAAAGAGACUCUGCUUUCCUCUCCGCUUCCUUCAGAGCCGCACGUGGCCUCUCCCAGCUUACCCACCCAGACGCGUGCAGCCUGCGGCCAACCUCAGCUCCCGUCCUUGGAGCCUCCACAGAAACUCCCACACCGUUGUUUGACUUGGGUGACUUGGGUCACUGCUUUCCCAGGCCCCCUUUUCGGACUCUGUGAUUAAUACCUCACUGACCAAAAAGUCUUUGCAAUCAGCCAUGGUCCAUUGUGAACAGGACUCCCAGGGGGCCGGUGCUCCCCUCUAUGCAGAGGCCCACGUGCUCUUGAGACAUACGUACUGUUCAGCUGCUGCUUCAGGGAUCCAACUACAGCUAAGAGUAACACAGGCAUCAGACUCAACCUCAACAAGGGCACAUCUUAUCUUGACUGAAUAAAGAAUGAUAAAACCUUCUACUGAUGGACGCUUGGGCAUCCACGCUUAUUGACGGUCUCUUUUCUAACAGCUGAGCAAUUGCAAUCAAACUGGGAAUAUUACAAGCUCUUCGCUCUGGGAUAAGGGCAUGCCAAAAGGUGGAAUUCAUGUCAUUCAAUAUGUAAGCCAUAUACACACUAUGCAUAUUUAGUGUGCAUAGUUUUAACUUAACAAAUGUUUGUGCAUAUAAGAUGUAAAAAGUGCAUUUAAAUCGUUUUGUGUAUCUGGUCCAGGGCUUGUAUUUAGCAUGGACAAAUUUCUGUACAGUGCAGUUAACGAAUGAAAUGUUAACAAAUGAAAUUGUAUCAUAAAUGUUAUAACGCAAUUGAUAUUUUUUGCUAAGAGUUAAGAAUUUAUAUAUUCUCUGCUAGUGUUUGAGCAAAUUGUUAGUAGCCUGAAUCACUCCAUGCACCUUCGCAUCCUUCUAUGGAACCUUGGACUUUUUCCCCCUUUAUAAUAAUAUAGAAGCCAUCUUUUGGUUUCUUAUUGCCAUCAUGACAAGAGAAAAACGUUGGUCAUAUCAGAUCUUUUUUUCUAAAGUUGUAAAUUACCAAACACUGUGGAAAAUUUUAUGUUUAGAAUCUGAGAACUUUGGUUUUAUGCCUUUUAUUUCAAAACAUAGGACCUUAUUUCAGAUUAUGCUGAGUGUCUGCAAUUCCCACUGAACUUGGAAAGAACAAAAUAUAAUUGAUACCUGUAAAUUUAGUUCAAGCUAUCUGUUUGUUGAAGAGCGUUCUUCAACAUUGCAAUUCAUGAUUCACUGAGAUAGAAAUUCUGGAGCAAUCUGAAUUUGAUGUCUUUAUUGUAUUUUCAUUUUCAGACUUUGAUCAUAAUUGGACUUGAAUUUUCCCCCCUCUGCCCCAUAGUGUUUUAUAUACUCUGCAAAAAGUCUUCUACAGAAAAAUGUAAGCAGAAUUUAUAACAGAUUCUGCGGAGUACUUGGUGCAUCCUACGGGGGACUCAGCGUCCUACUGUUACAGGCAGUACCCUGAUCUCCCGCUGCAGAGGCUGGAAGGAGCUCGCAAUCUCACAGGAGGCACUUGGUGCCUGCAGAACUGAAUAAUUAAUAUAGAAAUGUGACUUGCGUAUAAAUAAUCCUACUUGUUCAUUUGUUUUCAGUUUAAUUGCUGAGGUAUAUGUUAUUGAAAUACCAGAAGCAGAAUCCUUAGUUUUUCCUUUAACCUCAGUUAUAUUUUAUUUCUUUCCUCUUUUAUUCUUAGCAAGCUUUUAUCUGGAUAUGACCCAAAGCUUAGUGUGUUGUUUGUAUGAGAAGAAAUUUACUUUGAUGGAAAAGACCAAUAUAACCAACAUGUGUUAUUUAAGGCUUAAACCUUGAGCAAAAUUAGCAUUCAAAUGGCUGAAAGGCUUCUUGUUAGGCCUCUCCCUGAACAAUAGUUUCACUCUGAAACCUGUAAGGCUGCGCUACCAAAACACUGCAUGGGGCCAUAAGAAAUGUUGUUUGCAUAUGCCUAUCUCCCGCAGCAUUAUGGGCAUGCAUCCCUGCAUUAAGCACACUGAGGAGCUGUAGCUAUAGAUUAGCCCUCAAAGGUUUUAUUUUGUAUUUUUAUCUUGAGAUAUCUGACAAAUAUAUUAUGUAAUAUUGUUAUGGAUUAUGAUUCAGCCAGUAUUUUUUAUUUAAUUUUCAACAAGGCAACCUAUGACUGAGUGUUUCUAUUCUGCUGUACUUGUCCGUAUUUCCUAUGAUGAUAUUCCUAAAUAAAUUUGAUUUGAGGGCAA